CCGCAUAAUAGACAAAAAGUCACAUGAUACUCAAAAUGGCGGAAUCCAAGACCAGAAAUUGAGUUUAAUUUAUCAGAUUUUAGAUGCCAACUGCAACGAUAUUUUACAGCUAAAACAUGACAGACAAAGAAUAUUCUCCUCUCACCUCAGUAUGCGUCAAGGCACUGAAUGAUAAACUGUACGAGCGUCGAAAACAGGGAGCCUUGGAAAUAGAGAAAAUAAUGAAAGAGUUUGUUCAAAAGAAGGAAGAAACUAACGUCAAGGCAGUGUUGAAGAUACUGGGUGAUAACUUUGCCCUGUCAAGCAACCCAAAUGCACGGAAAGGGGGCCUGAUUGGCCUGGCUGCAGCAUCUAUUGCUCUUGGAAAAGACACCUGUCGCUAUGUGAAUGAGCUAGUAAAGCCUGUGCUGGCGUGUUUCCGUGACGCUGACAGCCAGGUGCGCUACUACUCCUGUGAGGCCCUCUACAACAUUGUCAAGGUCACAAGAGGAGCUGUCCUUCCAUUCUUCAAUGAAAUUUUUGAUGCCCUUAGCAAGUUGAGUUCUGAUCCAGACCAAAAUGUGAAGAGUGGAACAGAAUUACUGGAUAGACUUAUGAAAGACAUUGUAACAGAGAGCUCUUCAUUUGAUCUGGUCUCCUUCAUUCCACUGCUGAGAGAGCGGAUAUACAACAAAAAUGAGUUUGCCCGUCAGUUCAUUGUAUCUUGGAUUGUUACCCUGGACGCAGUCCCAGACAUAAACAUGCUGGUCUUCCUGCCGGAGAUACUGGAUGGUCUCUUCCUCAUCUUGGAUGAUAGAAAACCAGAAAUCAGGAAAAUGUGCCAAGACUGCCUAUGUGAGUUCCUCACAGGGAUCAAGAACUCCAAGUCCUACUUGAACUUUUCACAGAUGGCCAACAUUCUGAUAGUUCACAGUGAGAACAUGGAUGAUGACAACAUCAGCUACAUGGCGAUCACGUGGCUGCGAGAGUUUGUGCUGAUUGCUGGGCGCCUCAUGCUGCCCUACGUUUCAGGCAUACUACACACCACCCUGCCUAGACUGGCUCUGGAGGACAUAGAAAAUAAAAGCAAGAAAAAUGUACGUGAGGCAGCGGAGGGUCUCAACCGUGUUGUGAUAGAGCUGAUAGAAGAUCUCGACGACAACCCCACACCUGCCCCCACACCCGCCCCAACCCCGGCCCAGGAGAGCCCCUCAAGGGAGACCACUCUAGGGAGCAGGGCAGGGGAGAUAAUAGUCACAUCAAAAGGAGAAGUAACAGCUACUGAGAGGCAGAUCGAGGGAGUGGAAGCCACACAGAAUGAUAUUGGGCAAACCUUGUAUAAACUGUCAACAUGUGAUGUGACGCCUAGGUCCCUACAGCUGGAUGUGCUGUCAGUGAUAAGUAUCCUUUGUGAGUUGGUGCGCCAUCAUGAGCUGCAGACCCGCCUCGCCUCCCUGCGCUGGUUCAGACACCUUCUCAUUAAGGUCCCAAACAAGACAUUCCGACACAUGAACAUGGUAUUCCCUGAGCUGAUGAGGACCCUGGCAGACAUUGACCAGUCAGAUGAAACUGUGCUGCUUGCCCUGGAGACCCUUGCUAAGAUUACUGCCUUCCCCGUGGAUCCAAGCGCCAUACUCCCAGCUGCGCAGUUUUACAGUACACAACAGCCUAAGGACCAUAGCAACACAGACCAGGCACACAAGAAUAGCCCUGAACAUAAAAGCCCUGUACAUAGUUCAUCAUAUAUUGAAAUCUUAGUGCAGACUUUAAGUAAGAAAAUACAAACUGUGAGUGUGACUAAUAGAUAUUUCCUAGAUUUUAUGGUGCAGUUGCUGGAAGCAUUUAAAAAAGACAGAAAUAUACUGGAGCGUAGGGGAGCUUUCAUUAUCAGACAGCUGUGCCUGCAGCUUCACCCAGAGGACAUUUUCCAGACGCUGUCAGAGAUCUUGAUAGUAGAACUGGACAUGAAGUUUGCCUGCACCAUGGUCCAGACACUCAACACCAUCCUGCUCACCUCCACUGAGCUCUUCGCACUCAGGAACAGGCUCAAGGAUCUCAACAGCAAGGAGAGCUGUGAGCUGUUUAGCUGCCUGUACCGGUCCUGGUCUCACAGCCCGGUGGCCACAGUGGCACUGUGUUACCUCACACAGAACUACACACAUGCCUGCAACCUCAUACAAGUCUUGUAUCCUUGUGUUACCUCACACAGAACUACACACAUGCCUGCAACCUCAUACAAGUCUUGUAUCCUUGUGUUACCUCACACAGAACUACACACAUGCCUGCAACCUCAUACAAGUCUUGUAUCCUUGUGUUACCUCACACAGAACUACACACAUGCCUGCAACCUCAUACAAGUCUUGUAUCCUUGUGUUACCUCACACAGAACUACACACAUGCCUGCAACCUCAUACAAGUCUUGUAUCCUUGUGUUACCUCACACAGAACUACACACAUGCCUGCAACCUCAUACAAGUCUUGUAUCCUUGUGUUACCUCACACAGAACUACACACAUGCCUGCAACCUCAUACAAGUCUUCGGUAACCUGGAGAUCACAGUGGACUUUCUGAAUGAGAUUGACAAGCUCAUACAGCUCAUUGAGUCUCCAAUAUUUGCAUACCUGCGGCUGCAAUUGUUAGACGAGGCCUACAGCCAGGACCUGAUCAAGAGUCUCUACGGGCUGCUCAUGCUGCUGCCACAGGCCGAGCCCUUCACCCUGCUCAGGAACAGACUCAACUGUAUACCACACUAUCAGCUGGCUGCAUUAACUGCCAAACCUUCUCAGACCAACAGUGGUCGGAGGAAUGAGUUUGUGGCAGCCAUUGACUUUGACCAGCUUCUCAAGCACUUUGAGAGCCUUCAGGUCCUACACCGUGAAGCCCGGCGUAGACAUCUUGGAUAUGUCAGCGGCUGUAUAUGACCUUUCACAUAGCAACAUGGGAACCCUUUCCCACUCAGAAGCAAACUGAAAAUUGAUAUGUGCAAACAGCAUAAAACCAGGACAGCCUGCGGGUAACUCGCAGUCUGUUCAGGUUUUAUGCUGUUUGCUGCUCAUCAGUAUGUAAGGGUUGGAAAUGAAGCCUUUGAAAUUUGAAUCCAGUAACAAAGGUCUUUAAUUAAAUUUAACUUUUUGAGGGACUGCAACCGCAUAAAAAUACGUAUCUAAGUGGUUAAAAGGUUAUUCAAAAGAUAUGACAAUUUUUCCACUAAAAACCGCAUUCUGUAUUAACACUUAUUUAUAAUUUCAACUUCUUAUAACUUCUCUCUACAUGUAUUUAAAAUUUUCUAUGAAUUCAAUGAAAAACAAUUUAAAAGAAAUACAAGAUUGUUUAAUUUAACUGCACAUGAGUGUUUCUAAAAUAUUUUGUUUAGAUUUUGUAGUAAAUGAAGAGCUGUCUGUAGCUUAUGUUAAAGUUUGUUGCAAUUGUUAGGAUUUUAACUUGCCACUCUAUAUAUACCGUUAUUUGUGUUCUAGCUGUCCAUGUCACAAGGAAUAUCUCUUGCUUCCAUUCUCUUAUCAGUCCUAUUGACUGCAUACUAAAGUGCUUAGGUGUUGUGAGGAAAUACAUUGUUAGAUUUAUUGUGCCAUUUGCUUGUUUCAUUUUUAGAAUUCAUACAUAAUACAUAAUAAUCACUUCUCCACCACAGUCAGUAGCUGAAGGUCACAAAUUAGGUUUGUUAAUACUAAACAGCUCAAAGAAAGUCUGUUUCAACGAAUCCAUGAACUUUUUUUUUUAAUUCCUAUUAUAAAUGCAAGAUUUGUUAUCAUAAGUUUUUAAUUGCAGUUCAUCAGAUUUUCAUGAGAUAAAAUUGUUUCUUUUAGGUGAUGGUGAUUAUUGCAACAUGUUAACAAAUAUGUUUUUAUACUUAUGAAGAAUCAAAUUUUUUACCACAUCUUCAAAGUUAAUCUUCAUCAGAGGUUAUUGACAAUCGUGUUUAUUAAAAAUGUCAUUGAGGUUAUUGGAUAGGAUGUUUAUUAGACAGAUAUUUUGAUGUAAUCUUCCAGAAAGGAAAAUGUUGACAAGUAUUAGACAGUAAAUCUGAUUCCAGAAAUUGUGCAAUACUGUACUGUUGUUCAUUUAUUCUUUGUUUUAUUAUGUAUGAUUUUGUUAUAACAAAAAAAUAAAUAAAGGAAAACCC